GAGCAGUCGAGCAUCACGAACUACAUUCAGACAGAUCGUGGCAGUCGAAGCGAUUGGUCGACCAGUGAUUGCACAUUUCGUUCGAGUUUUAUUCGAGUCUAUGAUAACCGCGAUUGCGGAUCGCUGAAAAUAAUUUAGCAAUUUUGGUCGCGUUUCAUGAUUUUCGAUCGUUCCGCGAGAGCCAAUGAAAUAUUUGUUUUCACGGUAAUUGUACGCCGGCCAGAAAGUUGUCCGAGUCGCUCUCGCGUGUGUGAUACAUGAUACAAUAUACGUGUUGCGUUGUAAAAAGCAAUUAAAGGAAAGCGAAAGAGGAAAAAAAGAGUCGUGAACGAAAAGGAAAGAACGAGAACGUCGAACAAGGAAACUAUAGACACGAGUUAGAAUUUGGUGGAAUAACCGGAGCACGAAUUAAGCGGCCGUGCUAUCGAUCGUUGACACGACACGACACGAGACGACACGACACGACUCGGCUCGACUCGACUCGACUCGACAGAGAGAAACCAUGUACGACGUUGAAAAUUGGUCUUUACCUCCGAAACAGGCUCUUUACGAUCCUGCUCUCGAAAAGGAAGCCUGCGGUGUUGGUUUCAUCGUUGCCAUAGAUGGAAAAAAAUCUCAUAAGAUCGUUAGGGACGCGGAAAUUCUUUCGGCGCGCAUGAACCAUCGUGGUGCCUGUGCUUGCGACAACGACACCGGUGACGGAGCCGGUGCUCUUUGCGCCAUUCCUCACGAGUAUUACGCCGACGAAUUGCGUGCACGGCAAAACGUCGAAUUACCAGAAUUUGGACGUUACGCUACCGGUAUUCUGUUCCUCGACAAAAAUACGCACGAACAAGUUGAGGAUGCGUUCGAAAAAUUAGCCAAAGAAUGCAAUUUGAGGGUAAUCUGUUGGCGAGACGUUCCAACGGAUAACACGAAAAUUGGACAAGUGGCACGAAAAUGCGAGCCUUACAUGCGGCAAGUGUUCGUUACCGGCGACCAAGAUGACGCUGAUCUCGAACGGCAGGUGUUCGUUUUAAGGAAAAGAUCGUCUCAUUCCAUACCGCAGUUAGGGAUAAGAUACUACAUAUGUUCGCUUUCCGUCCGAGUCGUGGUGUACAAAGGUCAGCUAACAGCGGAUCAGCUGUGGUUGUACUUCCUAGAUCUGAAGUCGCCAAAAUUCGAGACCUAUUUGGCGUUGGUUCACACAAGAUUUUCCACCAACACGUUUCCCAGCUGGGAAAGGGCGCAUCCUCUUCGAUUGUUGGCGCACAAUGGCGAAAUCAACACUUUGAGAGGAAACGUUAAUCUGAUGAAAGCCCGAGAAGGAGUGAUGAGCAGCAAGCUUUAUGGCGAGCAACUGAAACAGCUGUAUCCCGUGGUAGAACCGAAUCUCUCCGAUUCGGGAGCAGUUGAUUGCGUUUUGGAAUUUCUGGUGAUGGUGGGACAACGCUCCUUACCAGAGGCGGUAAUGACAAUGGUACCGGAAGCGUGGCAAAACGAUACGACGAUGGCAACCGAGAAACGCGACUUUUAUCAUUGGGCUGCUUGCGCUAUGGAACCUUGGGAUGGUCCCGCCCUUUUGACUUUCACGGAUGGACGUUACGUUGGUGCUAUUUUAGACAGAAAUGGCCUGCGCCCGUCGCGCUUCUACGUCACUAAGGAUAACAUGAUGGUGAUGGCGUCCGAAGUGGGCGUCUAUGACACUCCGCCCGGAAAUGUAGUCCUGAAGAGUCGUUUGAAGCCAGGAAGAAUGCUACUGGUCGAUACGCGCGAAAAGAGGAUCAUAGAGGACGUGGAACUCAAGUUGCAAAUAGCUAGAAGCAGACCUCAUUCGAAAUGGCUGAAAGAUCAGAUGAUCACGAUGGAAGAGUUACGGGCCGCUGACAGAGAUUCCACUAAAACAAAGGUGGUUCCUGUUAAAAAUGGUUUAGUCGGUGAGCAAACUAAAGCGGAUAACGAGGAAAAUCCUAUAUCCGCCGUAAAUCGAGUUUGGGGAGGGGACAAGAGGCUAUCGCUUUACGGUUAUACGCUGGAAACGAUCAAUUUGCUGCUGUUACCGAUGAUGCAGUCCAAAAAAGAAGCAUUGGGUUCGAUGGGUAACGACGCGCCACUCGCCUGUCUUUCGCAAUUUCAACCGCUAAUCUACGAUUACUUCAAGCAACUGUUUGCCCAGGUGACCAAUCCUCCGAUAGAUCCUUUCAGAGAAAAAAUUGUCAUGUCGAUGUUAUGUCCCAUCGGACCCGAGAGUAACAUUUUGGAACCCAACGAGCUUCAAGUGCACCGAUUAUUUUUACCGCAACCGAUAUUAUCACUGGACGAUCUUGAAAUAAUUAAACGCACGAGAUAUCGUGGUUGGAAGAGUAAAGUGAUCGACGCGACUUACCCUGUCCAAGAUGGCCCAUCCGGAUUAACGGACACGUUGAACCGUGUCAGUCGAGAAGCCGACGAAGCUGCCAAAGAAGGUUACCAGUUUCUGAUUCUGUCCGAUCGACGAGCUGGACCAGACAGGGUACCAGUGAGUAGUCUCCUUGUGCUGGGCGCGGUGCACCAUUAUUUGAUCGAAGAACGACAACGUAUGAAAGUUGGUCUUAUCCUGGAAACAGCCGAAGCUAGAGAAGUACAUCACGUUUGUCUGUUACUUGGUUACGGAGCAGACGCCGUUUGUCCGUACCUGGUCUUUGAAAUGGCAAGGAAUCUUCGAGCGGAUGGCGUACUCGAUUCCUCGUUGACCGAUAACGUUUUAUGCGCGAACUACGCAGAAGCAAUGGAGAGGGGUAUAGCUAAAGUAAUGGCGAAAAUGGGUAUCUCCACGUUACAGUCGUAUAAAGGAGCGCAAAUCUUUGAAGCGGUCGGCCUAUCCGACGAUGUAAUCGAGAAAUGUUUCAAGGGAACGCAGUCUCGCAUCGGUGGAGUUACUUUCGAUAUUUUGGCGAAAGAAGCAUUCGAAAGGCAUCAAAUCACUUAUUGGAACAAACCUAUAGAUAUGCUGGUCAUUCGCAAUCCAGGAAUUUAUCAUUGGAGAUCCGGCGGAGAGAAACACGUGAACGAUCCCGAUAGUAUCGCUAACUUACAGGAUUACGUAAGUACUAAGAAUUGGAAUGCUUACGAGAAGUAUCGAAAAACCACGAUGGAGAUGAUAAAAGCUUGUACGUUGCGGGGUCAGAUAGAACUGAUCGAAAAAUCCGAAAAUUCGAUACCCAUAGAAGAAGUUGAACCUGCCUCUGAAAUAGUGAAACGAUUCGCGACCGGUGCUAUGAGUUUUGGAAGCAUCUCGAUAGAGGCUCAUACCAGUCUGGCAAUCGCGAUGAAUCGGAUCGGUGGAAAAUCGAAUACCGGAGAAGGCGGUGAAAACGCCGACAGGUAUCUCGAUCAAGAUCCAACGUUUAACAAAAGAUCCGCCAUCAAACAAGUCGCGAGCGGUCGUUUCGGUGUAACUUCGAGCUAUCUAGCGAACGCCGACGAUCUUCAAAUAAAAAUGGCACAGGGAGCGAAACCGGGAGAAGGAGGUGAAUUGCCUGGUUACAAGGUUACUGCUGAAAUCGCUGCAACCAGACACUCGGUACCUGGUGUGGGACUAAUUUCUCCGCCGCCGCAUCACGACAUUUAUUCGAUCGAAGAUCUCGCCGAGUUAAUUUAUGAUUUAAAAUGCGCGAAUCCCAAUGCACGUAUUUCUGUGAAGCUCGUGUCGGAAGUGGGGGUAGGCGUAGUCGCAGCAGGCGUGGCCAAGGGGAAAGCGGAACACAUCGUAAUAUCCGGUCACGACGGUGGAACCGGCGCUAGCAGUUGGACAGGAAUAAAAUCCGCUGGAUUACCUUGGGAAUUGGGAGUCGCGGAAACUCAUCAAGUUUUAACUUUGAAUAAUCUUCGAUCGCGCGUUGUCGUUCAAGCGGACGGUCAAAUGCGCACUGGAUACGACGUGGUAGUAGCGGCUCUUUUAGGUGCCGAUGAAUUUGGUUUCAGUACUGCACCGUUAAUUUCUAUGGGUUGUACGAUGAUGAGAAAAUGUCACUUAAACACUUGUCCAGUGGGCAUAGCAACCCAAGAUCCGGUGCUUCGAAAAAAAUUCGAAGGAAAACCGGAACACGUUAUCAACUUUUUCUUCGCGUUGGCAGAAGAGGUACGUUCGUACAUGGCUAGAUUAGGAGUGCGCGAGUUUCAACAUUUAAUCGGUCGUACAGAUUUCUUAAAAGUCCGCCAAGAUAUCUCGAUCGAGAAAGCAAAGACGUUGAAACUCGAUAACAUUUUGCGAAGCGCUUUGGAACUUCGGCCAGGAAUAAAUAUCAAGGGUGGAUCGAUCAAGCAAGACUUUCAGUUGGAGAACAGACUGGACAACCGCGCGAUCGAAUUGGCCAGGGAUGUGUUGGAUCGAAAAAAGGAUAGCGUUACGAUGGAAUUGAAUAUUAACAAUGAAUGUAGAGCGUUCGCAUCGACCUUGAGCUACCAUGUGUCAAAAUUGUUCGGUGAAGCUGGUUUACCAGAGGGUAGUAUAAAUAUUAGGAUGAAAGGUUCCGCAGGUCAGAGUUUCUGCGCUUUCAUGACCAAAGGGAUUCACGUUACUCUCGAAGGAGAUGCCAACGAUUACGUUGGGAAGGGACUCUGUGGUGGAGAGAUCGUGAUAUAUCCACCAAAAGAUUCCACUUUUAAAUCCGAAUAUAACGUUAUCGUUGGUAACGUUUGCCUUUAUGGUGCAACGUCCGGUAAAGCCUAUUUCCGAGGGAUAGCUGCCGAAAGAUUCAGCGUUCGUAACAGUGGAGCAACUGUUGUAGUGGAGGGCGUCGGAGAUCAUGGAUGCGAAUAUAUGACCGGUGGUUGCGCGGUCAUUUUGGGACUGACCGGAAGAAAUUUCGCUGCUGGUAUGUCCGGUGGUAUAGCUUAUGUCUUCGAUGUGGAUGGAUCUUUCAAAAGUAAAUGCAACCCUGAAAUGGUGGAGUUGCUGCCUCUGAACAAACCGGAAGAUAUAGCAUUCGUGAAACAACUUCUAGAAGAAUUCGUUGAAAAGACCGGCUCUCUUAUCGCUGAAAGUCUGUUACAACUGUGGCCUGAACCAACUACGCGGUUCGUUAAGGUAUUUCCAUACGAAUAUCAACGAGCACUGCAACAACUCGAACAGGCAAAACAAAUACAAGAAACAGUAAACGGAAACUCGGAAACUGAUUCGAAUGUUCGAGUGAAAGAUAUCGAGGAAGUAGUCGCGGACGUUGAUAUGGAACAGCGUAAACUCGAUAAGAUCAGAGGAUUUUUGAAAUACAAAAGAGAAGUGGCGGUUUAUCGGCCGGUUGAAAACCGUCUUACCGACUGGGAUGAAAUUUAUAACUUUCAACGAGUUCGAAAAGGACUACGCGUACAAGCAGCCAGAUGCAUGGAAUGUGGUGUACCAUUUUGCCAAAGUAGUCACGGUUGUCCUUUAGGAAAUAUUAUACCGAAAUGGAACGAUUUAAUUUUUCAAUCGAAUUGGAAAGAAGCUUUGAAUCAGUUGUUACAAACAAAUAAUUUUCCAGAAUUCACUGGAAGAGUUUGCCCUGCGCCGUGCGAAGGUGCCUGCGUGCUGGGUAUAUCGGAACCACCGGUUACGAUAAAAAACAUCGAAUGCGCGAUAAUCGAUCACGCGUUCGAAGAAGGCUGGAUAGUGCCGCAUCCACCUACAACAAGAACCGGUCGACGAAUUGCCGUAAUCGGUUCUGGUCCUGCAGGACUAGCCGCGGCUCAUCAAUUAAAUAAAGCAGGCCAUCUGGUAACCGUUUACGAAAGAAACGAUCGUAUAGGAGGCUUAUUGCAGUAUGGCAUACCUACUAUGAAACUAUCGAAGCAAGUCGUUCAAAGGAGAGUUUCCCUUUUAGCCGCGGAAGGAAUCACCUUUAAAACCAGCAUCAACGUUGGAAAAGAUAUUUCUGCUAAGGAAUUGGCUGAACAAUACGAUGCAAUGUUACUUUGUACCGGUGCUACAUGGCCAAGAGAUUUACAAAUACCAGGUCGACAUUUCGAGGGUAUUCAUUUCGCUGUAAGUUUUCUGGAACAUUGGCAGAAGAAACAAAUGGGGAACGAUACGCCGUUGGAUAUGCGUCUGAUGGCUAAGGAUAAAGAUGUCAUUAUAAUAGGUGGUGGCGACACCGGUUGCGACUGCAUAGCUACGUCUUUACGACAGGGUGCCAAAACUAUCACUACUUUUGAAAUUUUACCGGAACCACCAAAAAAGAGAGGACAAGAUAAUCCUUGGCCUCAGUUCCCUCGUGUAUUCAAAGUAGAUUAUGGCCAUGAAGAAGUACUCCUCAAGUUCGGACGAGAUCCGCGACAAUUCAGUACAUUGAGUAAGGAAUUCUUGGACGAUGGAAAUGGCCAUGUAAGCGGUAUCAAAACAGUGACGGUGUCAUGGACAAUGGAAAAUGGUCGUUGGAAAAUGGAAGAAGUUCCAGGGACGGAAAAGAUAUAUAAAUGUGAUUUGGUUUUACUCGCAAUGGGUUUCUUGGGUCCCGAGAAAUAUAUCGCUGAAGAAUUGAACACGACGUUGGACGAAAGAGGCAACUUUAAAACACCGGUCGGCAAAUACGAAACAAGUUUAUCUCGAACGUAUGCAGCUGGAGAUUGUCGUCGUGGACAGUCGCUGGUUGUUUGGGCCAUCACGGAAGGCAGACAAGCAGCGAGAGAGAUAGAUCUGGCUUUGAUGGGAGAAACUGGUCUUCCCGUGACCGGAGGUGUAAUAACGGGAGUAGUAGCUUAAAAUGCAUGUUAACGUUCUUCGAUCGAUCAUCCUUCUUCGCAUUCGACGACUACAGUUUUCUUUUUUAUCACUGAAUCGAUUCUACGAAAUUAUUGGAUAAUGGGGAGCGUAAGCGGCGGCGAAGAUGCGUCUAUGUAUUGUUAAAUUAUCAACAACGAAGAAGAGAUAAUCUACCAAAGAACGGAAGAAAAAAAAAAAGUAAAGAACCAGUAUUAUUUUUAUCGUACGUUUAAGCGAUAUUGGAAGAAUCAAGAUGUUAUUAACGUUUUGUCGCCGUGAUAACACGAGAAUAACAACAUACGUUAUUGCGACGAUAUUCAUUUUUAAUUCAGUUGCCGUUGCAUCGUCGUUUAUUGGUUUUGCAAAACUUGGCAACUGCAUAUCUUCUGUAGUAUAAAAUGAUUAUAAAUAUGCCUCGAAUUGCGUUUGCUACCCUCGUUCGCGUUUCUUGGUAGUUUCGUAAGGUACACGCAUGUACGUAAAUACGAAUUAUUGCGGAAUCGGUAGACUUUGAAGAGGAGUUGAACAAUACAGUUUGGAAAAAAAAAACAAAAUAAAAUAAUCAACUAUGUACGAUUUGUUUUAACGAAUCGAAAUAGUCGUUCGCAAUAGUUCCAACUAUAUUUCCAGGAUAGUUAUAGAAGGUGCGUUUACGCAGAAGUAACAGUCGUGUUCUCGCAUUCGUGAUUUUUAAUCUUUCUAGUUUCUAGUAUACACGCGAGCGCGUAAGUAUUUUUCUUUCGAGUCACCCUCAAACGUUUACGAUAGAGAUAUAUUUAUUUAUAAAAAUGUCAACGUCAUGCAAAAUAUAUAGUGUUUCGAACGUAAGAAAAAUCCGUACCCCAACAAAUUUUGUUCAUUGCGCGUCAUUGUACAUUCUAUACAAAGAGAUGAAAAUAUUUGGAGACAAUAAGUAAAUAAAUAAUAGUAAUAAUAAUAUCAAUGUGUAAAACAAGAAAAUAUUCAUUACAACGAAGUUGUAACGAGUUACCUGAAACAACGUAAUAGCGAUAUUAGAUGUUCGUAUAUUUAAAACGAUCAUUAAGCUGCAUAUAAAUACUUAUUCGUUACAUAGAACGGAAAAGGAAAGAAUGGGAGAAGAAAACGUGGAUGUUUUAAAAUCAAAGAAAUAUUCAACAGCCUCGGACAAACAUCAAAUUUUAGCCAUAUCUUACUUUAUUCCCUUUGAUAUUCGACGAUCAAAAUGGCAAACGUUUGUACGGAAACAAUUCGUGGAACAUCAAGUUGCUUAUAUUCGCGAUCAAAUUAUCAACGUCGCUACUGCGCACGCACUUGGGAACUAUUAUUUUAAAAACAAAUCAUUCGUAUUCGCCAGAGAAUGUCUUAACGUCGCUUGGUUGCAACUAUUUGACGUGAGCAUCGAUUUCAAACCAGCUGUAAAUCAUAUGUAGUUUCGAUUCGCGUCUACAUAUUUUCUUAUCGAACCCGUAUCUGUUCCACUGGGUCUUCUUAAAAAUGAGGUUAAUAAUACACCUAACCUAACUGAAGACAUUAAAUUGCAUUUUGCCGUUGCUUUGUAAGAAAAGCAACCUCCUCAAUAUAAAAUGUCCUACAACUUUAAGAAUAUUGGUUGUAAACUUUCACGACCUUUGCAAAUUAUGUAUUAGGUUAGGUAUUACUAUUAAUUUUAUAUUUUUAAGAGCCGUUCCCAAAUCUACACAAUGUCAUUUAUCUGUCUUACUUAUUCUAUUUUGUUUAGUGGAUACUUUUAAGGUUAGAUCACUCGAAACGCGACAAAUCUCAUAAAGUCGAUAUCGAAUUGGAAUCAUCACCGAUCGAUUCUUGGAUUCUUAGAAACAGUUCGUGAACCUCCGUCGGAAGAUCAUCUCUUUUGGACAUCACUUAUUUCGUUGGCACUAACUGACGUGAAAAUAAAAAUUAUUAUUAAUGAUUUCGAGAUAUACAUACUAACUAAUGUCGUUGCGUUGGAUAGAGUUAAGUUUUCGUUUGCAUAUUAUAAUUUAUUUAGUGUAAAUCGUUUCGAUUCGACCUAUAAGCGGGGGCGUCGGCAUCUAUACGUAAUUGUAUACGAUUUAAUCGAUCGUGCGAAAUGCGAAACAAAAUUAAUUUUAUCCAAAUAUCAGAACGUAGUUGCAAAGCGUAGUACAUGCUGGAAUAAUAGUAGUCGAUUUCGAAACCGAAAAUAACACGGACCACACGUUUUUUCCUUAAAAUUUACUAGAAUAUAAUAAAAUAAAAACAUAAGCGAAACGAAAAAAAAGGAGUAUAAAACAGAAAAGAAUAAUUUUAUUGCAGUGGGACAAACAUUGCAAAUCAAAAAAAGGUCGUUUAAUUUGAACUAUGAAAAGAAUACGAUGAUUCGUUUAUAAGGUUAUUCGAUAAAGGAUCGACAAA